AAGUAGCACGCAGUCGAUUCGCUAAAUAAUCUCCCCUCUCUCUCGGUCCCCACUUUCGCCCAAAAUUGGACAGAUUGUUAUUUCCAGGUCACGAAAAACGCUAUCCACUUGUUUAAUUACAUAAUUCCAAACAAUACUUUUACUACGUCGUACUGUGCUGAACAGUUUUAUUUUUCCUACAACACGACUCGUGUUUAACCAACGAUGGAACGAUAUAUUAUAUUUUAAUGUUUACCAAGUUUACAGUUUUACGGUAGUAAUUUUAGGCUUUGUGACAUUCAUAGCUGGUUAAUUAUAGUUAGAAUAUAAUAUGGCAAGGAUGCCUCCACGAAAAGUUCCCCCAAAGGCAAAAGAAACUCCAGCUGCGACAGGCGUUGGAACGAGACGAACAACAAGGUCAACGCCACUUAAACAGGAAGCGUUGUCCCCAUCCCAGAAAAAACGAGCUGCAACACCCACAAGUAAGACGAACGAGGGAACUGGCAAAAAUAAGAAUGCUACAGCACAAUCUCGUUCCCCAACGCCGGCAUCGAAGACGAAACCACCUGUUCAACGGCAGCCCUUGUCUAAAGAACUUGUAGAUGAUGAUGACGAUAGUGACACCUCUGACGAACAGAACAAUGAGAUUAUUAGAAGACCCAUCGCGAAAACAGUGGAAGAGAUUGAUAAUAAUAAACUUGAAAAAGCAGUGCCCUCACACCCAUCAACAUCAACCACGCCUAAAAGUCCUAACAAGAAGAUCACGACAAAUCCACAACAACCCCGUCUGAGCAGCACCACUGCACUCAAGAAAUUAGUUCAUGAUGAAGAAAGUGAUAGUGUCGAUGAGGAUAGCGACAGUGAUGAUGACAAUGAAAAACAAGAGGACACACCUGUUGUUCGAAUACUUAGUCCUGGUAAGAAGGGGGUUGGUGGCCAACCUAAGAAGAAUACUGACCCUGUAUCGUCCCCACCAAGGCCACCAAUUAAUCAGCCUAGCAUGCCAAGUAUCGAAAAGAGUACCAUUCAAAAAGGACAACAACCACUACCCAAAAGCAAAACAGGUAAAAGAACAGAUGUGACUGAGAUUAGUAGUGAAGAUGAAGAUGAAGAAAAGGAAGUUGAGAGACCGAAACGUUUGGCGACGAAGGAAAUGAAAGCGUCGUCAUCUAAGCAGCAAACUUCUGGUUAUAUGAGCAAUACUGGUGACGAUGGUGAAGAGAAUAUUGAGCAUGAAGUCGUAGAACAUAAGACUAAAAAGUUUAGGAAAACAAAACUUGAACUUGAUGAAGAAUUAUCAGAAGGUAUGAACCUAUUUGCAUUAAUGGACUCAACAGAAAUUAAAGAACUUUUGGAAAGAAUUAAUCAGCAAGCGACCCCGGCUGAUAACUAUUCAGUCCAAAAACGAGAAGAUGCCAUGGACUGGGAACAAAUUUCUUUCGCUGCGUAUGGACCACGGCAAUGUAGAGCUGUGUGGUCUUAUUUGAAAUCUCAUACCCGUUCCUACCGAAUUAUGGCAGAAGUGGUCGCUGAAGUCCAAAAUAAAUUUUCAAAAGACAAAGGAUAUCAGACAAAGUUAAUUGAAAGUUUACCCGGAUUUCCUCAGAAAGGCCCUAGCGCGUGUAGCGCAUUUUCGUGUUUCAAUAGGGAAGAGUGGAAUAAAGAAAAGGCAAAAGAAGCUACUGGGAAUUAUACUGCUCCAAACUAUGUCAUGUUUCAAAGAGAAUGUCGUUUGCAGUAUGAAGCUUUGCCAGCAAAUAUCAAAGACAUAUAUGUCCAACAAUCACAGCUAGCUUUAGCAGAGUAUCGUCGAAGUGUCAAAAAGUUUUACGCUGAAAAUCCGGGAUUGGCCCAAUACAUUCACAAACUGAACCAAGAAGAGAAGACAAAUUGGACAAGUAGAACAUCAGGAGGACUCAAGCCAAAACGGCAGACUAAUCCGUCGGGUCCGCGGUCAGUAAAGGCAGAUAGAAUCGACCCUUAUGAGGACGCACCUCCACUGCCACAUUCUCCCGCUAUUAAUUUUAUGCAAUCCAAGCUGAAUGCUCUUGAAACUCCACCCACUCAAGACGAACUUCCCAGUUUAAAACAAAUGUUCUUUGCAAAGUGGGAAGAAAUAACAAAAAAUCCAAAAAAUUCAAAAAGGAACUUCAAAAAACGGUUAAAGUGGAUCGAGAAUUGCGUACAAGACUGCAUGGUUUACAUCGAGAAUUCGAGAGAAUAUCAAAUAUCUCAUCCCGGAUAUAAUAUUCCUAUUUUAAAAAUGAGUCAGCUUCUUUCCAAAGAAGAAGUCGCAAUUUGGGAAUCUGCAAAUGGUAAACCCUCAAACACUUGGAGUACGGCAUAUGAUAUGUUUUUGGAUGGGUUUCUUGCAAGUGAAGAAAGUUCAGAACUUUCGAAACAGGAUCGAACUCAAAUAGCUAUUGACAAUUGGAAUGAAAUGACUGCAUGCGAUAAAGAAAUCUAUACUCUGAAAUUCAAAAUGUGCCAAGUGGAAUACAAAAAGGAACUACAGGCCUACUAUGCCAACCUACCAGACUUUAUGAAAUCAAUUUGUCUUAAAAACUUGAGUAAAAAAUUUGUAAAAAUGUUGGCUGAAGUUGAUAAAGCGUCAGUAACCCAAUCUUUCACAUUACCACCACCAGUCGUGCAACCAAAUGAGCUCCUUAUUACAGCCGAAGAUGGAGUAGUUUAUUCUUCGGCCCCAAAAUCUAAGAAAGCAAAAAAGAGGAAACGUGAAAGAUCAGAAAUGGAAAGUGAAGGAGAGGCAGGAGGAGAACAGUUAAAUAGAGCAGAAGAGUCUGAUGCAUCUAUAGCACCUACUUCCAAGAAGAAGAAAAAGAAAAAGAAGCGCACGCAUGACGACGACGACGUUCAGGAUGACGAUGGGGAAACGUAUCAUCCAGAGGACCCCGCCUACCACAUCCUUCAAAAGGGAAAAUAUACAAAAACUGUGGAAAGGGCUAAAAAACAAGCUCAAUCGAAUAGUAAAAUAAUGAUCAAAUCUGCGGGGGAUCAGGUUGUUCAUACUUUGGACACGGAAUUUGUAGGACAGUAUAAACAACCUUCUACGAAAUAUUUUCCUCACCACAAUGCCAUUACCAAAAACGAUAUCUUAGAGUGUAUCCGAGGCAUUUUUGACGCUCGAGCCAUGGGUGGAAAAUUUUCUAUCUAUUACUAUUACGCCAAGUAUGUGGCAGCAGACCCAGUUUGGAUUGAUUUCGUCAAUUCACACAGCUUGGAACAGACGGGAAUUGAUAUUAUCAAAACAUUUUUAAGUCUCCCUGCACUGCAACAGGACGUCUUCAUUCAGAAAGCCUCUGUCUUCCACGACACCAAGCGUCGUUCUUUUCAAGGUUUUCCAAACGAACCGAAACCACCAUUGAAGUUCGCUAAAAGUAUGUAUACCCAUGACGUAUCCAAAAAGAGGAGGAGAGACCCGACCUUUGUUCCUCCUACUUGGACAAGUCUACCAGAAACGGUUCAGCGUUACUACACCAAGAAAUUGUACCACGAAACGAAAUUGUACAUGAGACGAUAUGAUGAAUUCAUCUCUAGAUUGACACCCAGUGAAUUUGUCGAGUAUGCUCUUCAUCGGUAUAAAAUCUGGGAGCGUAAUCUGUACACAAAACAGUCUAUUCCUUUUGCCUUCCGAAAAUUUACGUUCCCCAUCCAAUCUAAUGAAUGCGCAGACGUUACUCUCGAAGUUGGUGCAGCUAACAAAGAGGAAUGUCCAACUUCAUCAAAAAUGGCUUGUGAAAUGAAUAAUCCGUUUACAAAAAAUAAAGCUCUGGAGGACAUGUUGAAUCGACUCCCCCUGGCGAAACGUCAAAGUAAACCUGCUACCAAAUUAUCUAAGGAUAUGAAAUUUUCUUUAUUACUGACCAAGCAAGACAUUGUACGAGAAAAUAUAAAAAGAGCCGAAAUGUAUGACUACCCAAUGGAUGAUAUAUUGUCCACAAUCCUUCCAACUGACCCUCCGCCAGAGAAAAACUUUAAAAGAAUUUCCCAAGGUACCCAAACAGUAUGGAUUGUGGCGACAACUACAACGGCAGUAGGUGUAACUGAAAAUAAUUAAUUUGGAGGUGGUUGAUAAUGGUAUGAUAUUAAUUACCGAUAUACAAACUCAAUUCAAUCGAUUUAAAAAUACAAUAUAAUUACUAAACUGA